GAGGACCGACACAGGGAAGGAUUUCCCUCACAGCGUGGGGGCCAUUACAAAGGCCCAGCUUGCCGCCAAGCUUAAACAAAUCCGCAUAAAGUACAGGCAUGCGGUGGACACGAAGCGUCGGAGUGGCCAAGGACGUGUUGUGCACAUGUUUUUUGAGCUGUGUGAAGAGGUCUGGGGUGGCUCGCCUGCAACGUGCUCCCUUAGCUCGGGCAUCGAGACGGGGGACCUGGAAGAGUCGUCUUCCGGACCAAGCUCACCCCGGAGUUUGGAGCGUUCCAACGAUUCGCCACCGCCAGAGUCGAGCGAAUCCAGCGGAAGUCUGCCAGCUGCUGCAGUUGUACAGCAUCGCAGGAAUCUGCUCCAGGUGCAGCUGAACGGCCACAGAAGUGACCGCUUGAAAAGAAAACUUCCAGUUGACCAUGCCGUGCAGGAAGACCUGAAACUAAAAAGGAGGAUGGUGGAGCUGAUGGAGCAAAAUCAGAAAACAUCCACCCGCAACGCAGAAAGCUUUGUUCUGAUGAAUGAAAAUAUUCGGGAGGACUUGUCCCUGAUGAGGGAAUUCAUGCAUGCGCAACCCCACAGCAGCAGCGGUGGACAAUUACCGGAACAGUCACCGUACCUGUAUAGAAGGCCACAGCCUGCCUACACACCAAGCCCCUACACACCAAGCCCCUCUGCACCACACCCCUCUGCACCACACCGGCACACGAUGACCCCUGACCCCCCACGAUUGAUCAUCCACAGCCUCCUUACUGGCCUCACAAACAUUGUGGAGGACAAAGCAGGAGUAAAUGACAUGGGGCAGUUCUUCGGUCAGGGCGACGACAGAGGCUCUGGACAUGCGGAAGUUCUCCCUCCAUUCCUCAUCCACGACAACGCCAUUGACAAAAUUGUCCCACCAACUGCUGCUUCUGCCCGGUCUUACCCAAAACCUUCUCCUGGUUGCCCUUCGGGUUAUUCCCCGCGGUACUCUUAG